GUCACCCCAUUCUAACCAUAGCCACGCCACUUUAAUUCAUUUUUCUGCUUUCUCCUAACACACGUCUAAGUUUCAUUACUCUUGUAAUAACUCUAAAAUCUUUGUACAUUUUCAACAGACAAAGCAUUUAAUCUCUCUCUCUCUCUCCCUCUCUCUCUCUCUCUCUCUCUCUGACCCCUACACAUAUACACAGCUCUUCUUCAAGCUACACCUUGAAACCAAACACAGUCUUGGCUUUGUCUCUAUGUUUGUAGACUCAAACACAAACACAGACACAGAGUUAUCUAUUUCAUUGUCCUCUGUUUUGCAUGAAACAGAGUACUCUGUUUGAUAUUCAUUGUGAUGAGGUAUAUAAGAACAGGCAGCUUCAAGAGGCUCUUCUCAUUUACCAAACGUGGUUUAGGGGAACCAGUUCUGAGUCCCAAAGGUGAAGAAAAUGAAAAGAGCUUGAAGAUUCUUCCAUAUGAAGAAGAAACUUGUCAAAAACCAACAUGGAAAUGUUUCUCUUAUGAAGAGUUGUUUGAUGCUACCAAUGGCUUCAACUCAGAAAAUAUGGUUGGAAAAGGUGGUUAUGCUGAGGUUUACAAGGGAACAUUGAAAAAUGGUGAAGAAAUUGCUGUGAAGAGAUUAACAAGAGCUUCAAAGGAUGAAAGAAAAGAGAAAGAGUUUUUGACAGAGAUUGGAACAAUUGGUCAUGUUCGUCAUUCCAAUGUUUUAUCUCUUCUAGGAUGUUGUAUUGACAAUGGACUUUACUUUGUUUUUGAACUAUCCACCACUGGUUCUGUUUCAUCUAUUCUUCAUGAUGAACAGUUGGCUCCUUUAGAUUGGAAAACAAGACAUAAAAUAGUUGUUGGGACAGCGCGUGGACUUCACUACUUGCACAAAGGUUGCAAGAGGAGAAUAAUCCAUAGAGAUAUCAAGGCAUCAAACAUUUUAUUGACAAAAGAUUUUGAACCACAGAUAUCUGAUUUUGGACUAGCAAAAUGGCUUCCAUCACAAUGGACUCAUCACUCAAUUGCUCCAAUAGAAGGAACAUUUGGACAUUUGGCACCAGAAUACUACUUGCAUGGAGUUGUGGAUGAGAAAACAGAUGUAUUUGCUUUUGGUGUGUUCUUGCUAGAAGUCAUUUCUGGUAGGAAACCUGUGGAUGUGUCUCACCAAAGUUUACAUAGCUGGGCUAAACCAAUUUUGAACAAAGGUGAUAUAGAAGAGCUAGUAGAUGCAAGGCUUGAAGGAGAAUAUGAUGUAACACAGUUAAAGAGACUUGCCUUUGCUGCCUCUCUAUGCAUCCGGGCAUCUUCCACUUGGCGACCCUCCAUGACUGAGGUAUUGGAGAUAAUGGAGGAGGGAGAGAUGGAUAAAGAGAAGUGGAAAAUGCCAGAGGAAGAAGAAGAACAAGAGGAAGAGUUCUGGGGUUUUGAGGAUCUGGAAUAUGAAUAUGACAGUUCCUUUUCAAUGUCUUUAAUUGAUUCAAUUGAAAGUAAUUAAUUAGGACAAAGUAGUUAGGCAAGCGCAUUGAGUUACAUAUGUAUGUAUAUACAUGUCUUAAUUUUGAGGAUAAAAAUGAAUAAAGUGUCGAUUUAGCCUAUAAACUAUCAAAUCAUCUUCAA